GAGCUGAAUCUUGAUCUAGAUGCUGCCAUGGAAAUGUUGGUAAAGUUACAGCACGGUGUUAAUAGUUCCAUCUCCUAUUUGAUGUCCUUCAUUAGCAGUACUUGGAGAAGUCCAGAGCAGAUGGAAGCUAAUGCACAAAGCAUCCAGGCUGCAGUGGAAGGGGUGAAAACCACAGUUAAAGAUUUGCUGGAAUUUGCCAGAGGAGCAGUUGUAAACUCAACUCAAGCAUCCGAUCGAACUCUGCAUGCCAAGCUUAGCAAACAAUUACAGAAGAUGGAAGAUGUUUACCAACAACUGCUUAAGCACAGUCAGGCAUUGGAUAGCAGUAACUGGGCUGUGAAUGUUUUGGUAGCUAGCAAGCAGGGUGCUACAGAUGACCUUGAUCGCUUUGUCAUGUAUUCCAGAGGGAUACCAGAUGACACCAAACAGAUGGCUUCUUUUCUACAUGGAAAUGCUUCUUUGCUCUUUAAAAGGACCAAGCACCAACUUUCAAUAGGAGAGUCCCAGUCUGGGCAGGACAAUAGCAAUCAUUUGGCUAAUAACAAUAAUAAUUUGUCUGUUGGUCAAACGGGACACACGGAAAAGGCCAGUAUACAGUCAAGGCCUUUGCCAUCUCCACCCAAGUUUAUAGCAGAAGAAUCUCCUGAUGGACAGUAUGAAAACAACGAGAGUGGCUGGAUGGAAGAUUAUGACUAUGUCCAUUUACAGGGUAAGGAAGAGUUUGAGAAAACACAGAAGGAGUUGCUAGAGAAAGGAAACAUUAUUCGACAAGGGAAAGGUCACCUGGAACAGCAUCAGCUAAAACAGUUUGAACGCCUGGAAGAGGAGGUUGCCCGACCUAUUGAAAAUGACCUAUCAAACUGGACACCACCUCAACACUACAGCCAGGUCCGCAGCACCCUCUGCAACUCUGACCGGCAGCUUCUUCUCUUCUACCAAGAGCAGUGCGAGGCCAAUGUCACCACCCUCACCAAUGCCAUUGAUGCCUUUUACAGCUCCAUCAGUACCAACCAGCCUCCCAAGAUCUUUGUAGCUCACAGCAAGUUUGUCAUCCUCAGUGCCCACAAGUUGGUCUUUAUAGGGGACACUUUGUCACGGCAAGCCAAAGCUCAGGACAUCCGCAACAAGGUUACUCACUACAGCAACCUCAUGUGUGACAAGCUCAAAGAGAUAGUUCUCACCACCAAGACAGCAGCACUUCAAUACCCAUCUCCAUCGGCAGCCAAGGAUAUGGUGGAACGAGUCAAGGAUCUCAGUAAUAGCACCCAGCAGUUCAGGAUGGUGUUGGGUCAGAUGGUUGCCAUCUGA